AUGCUGUCUCUUUUCACUCUGGCUUGUCUCUGGGCAGCCUUGCCUGUCGCCUUCGCUCAAGAUAGUAAGCCAUGUGGUCCAGUCUAUCCGGGCCAGCCCACGAAUUGUAUUGCCUGGCAUACUGCCAAGAAAGGCGAUGACUGUGAUAGUGUUCCGAAGAAAUACUAUAUCAGCAGGCAGGAGUUCAUGGCUUGGAACCCAGCCAUUUCGAAAGACUGCUUGGACAACUUCUGGGUCAACUCCGCCUACUGCAUCAGGAUAGACGGUACUUCAGCUAUUCGCAGCUCCACCAAGAUCAUCACCACGAGCAAGGCUACCGCGUCCACUACUCGUCCAAUAACAGGCACUGCUACCACUACGAAGCAUGCGACGCCAUCAAGUCGCUCAACUACCAAAGACCUUUCGUCAGCUACCGAAGAGCUGAGCCACACAACGUCUCCUAUCACCACCAGCACUGUAAAUACGACAUACUCAGUGCGGCACCCGGUUUCGACAUGGAAUAUCACCACUCCAACUACUGACUUGAGCUGGCCUCCCAAAGCAACUCAGAAGGGUCAACCAGUCACAUGCAAGAAAUGGCACCUAGCCCGUCCAGGCGAGGGAUGCCAGGACGUCCUGAAUAGAUACAGUGCUUUCAUGAAGAAGGAUGACUUGCAAGUUGAACCAUUAUCCGAGCCUCCAUACCGACUGCUCCGGUCUUUUCGUUGGCUACUGUGGUCAACAUCAACACCGCCAUUCACGCCUCCUCCGGACCCAACGACUCAUCAGCCUACAAAGCUCACUCCAGCCAACUCCGACUUCACACCAACACCAACGCAUGGUUCUAUCUCAAAGGACUGUGUCAACUUCCACCAGGCGGAAGCGGACGAGAGCUGCCGUGACAUUCUCAAGACAUACAACUACCUCUCAAAAGAGAAGUUCUUCAAGUACAACCCAGUACUGAAAGAUAACUGCGAUGGUCUCUGGAAGGGUAACUGGUACUGCGUCGCCGUCAAGAGUGAGGCUCUGAUGCCCCCGACAGUCACCACAACCCCCAGUGAUGUCCCAAGCGGAAGCACCAAGAACUGCACCGCUUGGUACUACACUACGAGUGGAGAGACAUGUGACCAAUUGGCGAACAUGUUCGGUACUUUCAGUGUCGAGGAGUUCAUCGCGAUGAAUCCGUCAGUUCUAGACGAAUGUGAUGAUAUUUAUGAUAACACCUGGUACUGUGUCGCUGAGCACGGUACUCCCACUACCAGAACUGCAGCCCUGACAACACCUACUCGACCAGCAACAGCUAUGCAAACUCAGUCGGGUAUAGCCUCCGACUGUAAGGAAUAUUGGCUUGUUUCGAAGACGGAUACCUGCAAGUCUAUCCGACGAGCUAACAGUAUAUCACUGGAGAAGCUGCCUUUCUCCGUAAUUAUGCAUCGGCGUUUCAAAGCAUGGGUGGAGGCCAAACGUCACGGACACCCACGUAUCCCCCAGGACCCUGAAAUGACAUGUCUUCCCAAUCCGCGACCGUACGCCUUGACUCCAUCACCAUCGCAAGAGCAAAUCACAAAGCUAGCAGAAACGGUUCUUUUCUUUAGACUUCCACUCGAACUCAGACGAAAGAUUCUCAUUCACGCAUUUGGAAACCGAACUGUUCAUAUGGACCUUGUUUUAACUCAUCCAUUGCGCAAGCCACUGAACGCUGCUUCCUACAGAAGCAUAGACCCGAAGGACAGAUUUUGUGGUGGAGGCCAUGGGGUUGAGCAUCUUUAUCCAUACACACAACAAAACCUAGGUUUGGACACGAGUCAGCCUAAGUAUUGGCAAUGGAGGGGCUGUGUAUGUCAUCGCCUGCUCCCGCCUGAGUACAACAUCACAGUGAAAUUCCCGCACUACGCAAAGCCUGGCGAUGAUCGAUGCUGUGAUGGUUGGGGAAUCCACUGUGGAGUGUGGACUAGGAAGCACCGUAUGCUUGACUCUUGCUGGAUUGGAGCCAUGGGGUGGAUUUUGACCUGUCGUCAAGCUCUGCUUACCAGAUACACGGAAGGAAUCGGAAUCCUGUACGGCACAAACAUCAUCCACAUAUCCAGCAAGCCACUUCUCAAUAACCUGAGCACACUGGUCCUUCCCCAAAGGCUCUCGAUGAUGACCUCACUCGAGAUUGUGUUAUCUCUUGACAAUUACGAGCAUCAAGGCAAAGCAGUCCCGAAUCAACAAGAACUGGAAAGAAGUCUUCUUAUUCUUGACACUUAUUUCCCCUCUAUAUUGACCCUCCACCUUGGGUUAAGGCUCAACCUUCCCAUUCUCGAAGAGAUUACAAGUCGUACAAGGAAGAUCAACAGAAGACAUGCGUAUCUGCCAGGCAUAUUCCAGUCGAUCGACGCCUUUGUCAAACGAAGGAGUGAUGAGCCUCAGCUAGGUCAUUUCCGGGAUCCCUUCUUGUUAUCGAUAUCAGAGUCAGCAUAUGAGGAUUUCAAGACGGACGUUGAGACUGAUAGCCUGCACUAUUUUAAGCUCCAAGGUAUCCAGGUUUGGCGCCAUCUAUCGUCUGAACCUAUUGUGCUGGAUAAUGAGGGCGAAAUAAGCAAUGCAACAGCAGAUAAUGGCUACUGGAUUUGGGGAGAUUAUGAAGACAGGUAUGAAUUGGAUAACAAACCAGUGGAUGGCAUUGUCAGCUGUUUCGGUUCACCCUUGGGCGGCUGA